AUGGAGCCACAAGUCACCAUUAGAAUCAGAUUGGAAGACGAGGAGCCAAACACUCUUAAAGAAGUUCCUAUCAGCUUCGAAGAGCUCCUCAGCGCUGUCUACAGGACGACUGGUGCUGUCCAAUUCACGGUGAAGUUCCGCGAUGUUGUCAUCAAGAACGACUCUGAUUUGUUCACAGCUUACCUGGAAAAUAAAGAAGACUCGAUUGAAUUUUUGGUUGAUGAAAAUCUUCAAUCAACUGGAUACCUUGGAAGCGCUGUAGACAAUGUGUCACAACACUUAAAAAGCUCAGGGCCAGCACAAAAAGUCACAGUGACUAAUGGCACCAUUGAGCAAGCUGAUUUAAUCAGAGUUAUUGAUGAAAUGACCAAUGUAGCACAGAGAAAACUCGUGGAAAGCAACAAAAAUUUCAUGGCGCUAAGACAGCAGUUUUAUGAAACAGAUGAAAAUAAGUGGAAAGCGGUGGUUUAUCAGCAGCUGCAAGAGCAGGAAGGAAUUUUAAUGAGAAUCACGGGAGAAGUGUGCCAUAGCUACGGACUCAACCCUGAGAUUUUCCAAAAUUCUUGCAGAAAGCACGCAACAGUGCCUGAGGUUGGAAGAGCACUAGAAGAAAUGGCUGUAAAGACCCUUCAAGGUAAUGUGGAAAUUCCUGAAAGUUUAACUAAAGAAAAGAUGAGAGAAGUUAUGGAAUAUAUUUGUUCAUACCUUGAUGAUUAUUUAAAUAGCCAUCCACCAAGAAGUGGGGAAGAUUUCAUUUUAUUUAAGAUCAGAGAAGGUGAUGAAAUAAUGAAGAAAUACGGAUAUGACGAAAAUGAAAUAGCACAGGGAUUAGUCAAGUAUGGAAUUGAUACAGAAGCUGAAUGGGCUGAUAUCAGAGAUAGACUUAACGCUGUAAUGGCAAGAGUCUUUCCUCCACAAAUGAUGGGUGGGAUGCCAGGAAUGGGGAUGGGAUUUUAA